GGCUCGAAAUUAACGAGAGGCCGUUGAAGCGUCCUCUCUUGGAUUUUGGAAAUUUAUCAAUCUCCUCCAAUUCUGCUCAAAAGGGAAUUGAGAAAGGCGUGGUAACAAGAAGAUCAGGUUCUUCUCACUUGGUUGCAGUCGACUCUGUCUACAUUGAUUUUAUCUCGAAUCACUGGUUGCAUUCAUUCGUAUGAGGUUUGGGAAUGAAUCCGUGAUUAUCUUCACAAACAGAUGCGAGCCAAAGCAAGGCAGCUUCAAACUGAAUUGCAUGAGAUGAUGCUUGAAGACAAGUCGAUGCCAUCGAACAAAUUUUCCCAAUGGUAUGAUUCGGAGAACUUUCGUGGUAACUUUGGCCGUGGUGGAAGUUUUAAUAGAGGCGGUCGCGUGGUGGUGUGGCGGCGGUUGUGGCCGUGUAGGAGGAUGCUUUGCAAAUUUUCAAUGUCAAGUGUGUUACAAAUAUUGGCAUACAGCAUCUGUCUGUCACUAUUGGUUUGAUCAGAGUUAUCAAUCGAAUCCUUCACUAACACUACAUGAUCCUUCAAAUCAAGGAAAUACUCAGACUAAUUCCUUUUGGUCAAAAUCAGUAUUCAAAUCAAGGAAAUAACUCUGGUCAAAAUAACUAUGGACAAAACAAUUGUUUCAGAUCAUCAAAUUCAUGGAAUCAAGGAACCAAUCAGAACAGGUCAAUGCAGAGCAGUCAGAAUCAACAGCCUCCAAGUGCAAUGAUUGCAACUCCAAUUUUCAGCCUGGAUCCUCUACAACCUGGAUUCCAGAUUCAGGUGCCUCUUUUCAUGUGACAAGAGAAUCACAGAAAAUUCAGCUAUUCUGUCCUUUUGAAGGUCCAGUUCAAAUCUAUAUUGUGGAAUUUUAUAACAAGAAGGUUUUUGUGCAACAUGUGGAGACAAUAAGCAGCUCUGAGGUCACCUUUGAUAUCGUGCAAUCCUUUGUGGAUCUUGGUUCCAGUGGUGCAUCUGAUUCCAAGUCAAAAAUUAAGGAAAGAAAGAAAUUCUUCAACAGGGACAAUAAGCAAGAUCAGCUAUUGUCUAAAGCUAAACAAGAAAAGGAGUCUUUGGCAAAAGAUGCUCGCUUUGAACAAAUAUGGAAAAACAGGAAGGGAAACAAAGGGACAGCACAUGAUAAAGCAUUACAAGAAAUGUGCCACUUGUAUGACAUUGUUCGCAUUGACAAUGAAGAAAAAAAUAAGGAAGUGCAACAGGAAGAAAUGUCAUUGGAGGAUCAACGACUUUUGUCUAGUUACCUCCCUUUACUGAGAGAGUUUAUUCCUAAUGCGGCUGCAGAGGUUGAAACUGAUUUGAUUGCUCAGUUGGUUGGUCAUUCCAAAGAAGAAAAUUAUGUGUACGACCUCUACACCGUGAAAGAUGAGAUGGAUAUAAACAUUGAUGAUUCUUCGUGUUCAUAUCCACUAGUUCAAGUUGAUGAGGAGGAGGACUAUUAUGAUGGGACACAGCAUUCAGAUUAUGAAUCUGAUGACUCAAAUGCUGAAAACAAUCCACUGAAUGAUUAUCCAGAUGAGGUUUCUGAAGAGGAUGAAGAGGAUGAAAAUUCUGAGAAUGAAUCAGAACGUGAGGAUGGCAACACGAGCAGUGAAUCAUCAGAUGAGAAUAUAGAACAUGGUUUUUCUGAAGAUGAUGCUGAUCCAUUAUAUGAUGAGGAUUUUGAUGAAUAUGAAGGUGCUCAUAGUGAUGAUGUUGAGCAUAUGGAUGAUGAAAAUUGGAGGUGGUCGUACCGAUGAAGUUGGCUUUAGUUUUAUUUUGCAAAAUGUAAAUCUGAUGGGGUAAAAAUGUUGUAGGAACAAAAUCAAACCUACCAUGCCGGAGCCAUCCAACUAGACAGGCUUUUUUGCUAUUAUAAGGGAUGCUUUAAGGCAUUUUUUAUGGACCUAUUAGUUUUAUGUUGAAAUUUGAGCUAGAAUGCUUACAAAAAUGGCAUUUACACGCUGGUUUCUUUAAGUUUUCUAUCGUUACUUGUUUAUUUAUAUUA